UUAUUGAAGAACUGAACUCAUGAAACAAAAGGUGACUUGUAAGCCUAUUCUUUAUGUUCUACCUAGUACUAAUACAGGACACUACGUGUGGAGCGCUCCGUGUUCUGCUGCAAAGAUUUCCUUUUUGCCACAAAAGCGAAAGUUUAUGCAAGUCUUUCCAAGACGACGUUGUUUGGUCUCUGCGAGUAUAUUUCAGAGCUUCUUUCCCGUGAAGAAUAACUGUUGUUCCGCAAUCGUGCAACUAGAGGCUUGUAACGUUUCUCACGACGCACAGCAAGCUGUUUUUGUGGACAAUAUGGCUUUCAAGGAAAGUUUAACUUUGGAAAACAUUAAUCUUCAAGUUUUCGAAGGGGAAUUUUUGUUGCUCAUUGGUGAGAAUGGCUCAGGAAAGACAUCCUUGUUGAAUAUUCUUGCUGGACUAGACAUACCAGAUCAGGGCUAUCUCAAGUGGUACAACAAGAAGGUCAAGUCGUCCGAUAUAGUUUCGAGAAUUGGUAUUGUUUUCCAGUUUCCUGAGAAAGCUUUUAUCGGAGAUAGUGUUUUUGAAGAGUUAACUCUGGGUUUGGACCACGUUCUACCCGAGGAUAUCGAAGAGGUGAUGGAAGCUUGUGCUUUGAAUGGUAUUUCUUUGACAACGAGUCCCUUUCUUCUUAGUGGAGGGCAGCAAAAGAAGCUUGCUUUGGCCUGUCAACUGUUGCGUCACCCACUUAUUCUUUUUUUAGACGAGCCACUAUCCGGCGUUGACUCUUUCAGCAGGAAAUGUCUCAUUAAAAUUUUCGACAGGUUGAAAACGAAAGUGACUAUAGUGGUAGUUUCUCACGAACCAGCGGAACUAUUUUCUAGAGCUGAUCGUGUUUUACAACUGUUUGGUGGUCGGGUGAAGGAAGUUCCGCAGUCAGUUGUUAGAAGAGCCAUGGAAAUAAGAAAUUUAAGGCACGGUAUUUGAAGAAGAUGAUUACAUUCAGCUAUGCGUUGGAUUCUUGAUGUUCCAAUUCUUUCAAGAUUUUUCAUUUAUAUUUUUUUAUAUCUUUUUAUGUACUAGAUAUGGUGAUAUUCUUCUAAGAUAUUCACUUGUUCCAUGUAGCUAUUAGUUUGAUUGGUGUUGAGGAUAUUUUUGGUUGUGAGUGAUGUUCAUAUUUAUGUUUGAGUGCGACGAGGAAGAAUGAUGACAAUUGUUUAAUAGAAGAAUGUGUGAAUUUGUAUGGAAACAUUGAUCAUUGAUUCCUUUAGAAGAAUGGAGUGUUCAUUUGAUGGAAUUUCAUUUUAAAGACUUCAUUUAGGUCUUCUUGCAAACAAAAAUUGUUGUGGAAAAUAUAAAGCUAUUUUAAGUUCUUUGUUGUAUGAGAAAAACGAUAUUUUCAAUCUAAUCUUUUAUCCGAUUGUCUUUUAAGUAAGAAUGGAUUCGAUCUCCUGAAUGUUUUGUUUUGCUUCUGGUUUCAGCUCUCGCUUGCGAAUAGUCAGA